UUGGGGCUCCGUGAUACUACACUAAGGCAAGGAUUCCUGACAGAACCUAGUUUAUCUAGAAGUAAGGGAAUUUGUAAUAAAACAAGAAACCAAUAAAUAUACGGGAGACUGUUUUUUAUUGAAAAAACGUCAAAGGAUUAUUCCCGGAUUCCCGGCCUAACUCCUCGGCAGAUCCCGAACCCGUGCCCUAUCACCAAGGGCACAACAGACAAUAUUUGUACAAAAUUUUAUUUAAAAAUAUUAAAAAUUAAAGAAGUUAAAACAGUGUAAGUGCUGGUUCGUCGAAAAAAUCUUUGCGCCUCGUGGAAAUUACAUCUUGGUUUGGUUUAUUCGAAACAAAAAAAUUUUUUAAGAAGAAAGCAUGCCGUAUCCGAAGCUAUUAAAAAGAAAACGUGCUGUAUUCGAUUAGGUUGUUUGGGAUUGCUGAUGUUAGCUUAGCGACGGCAUGCUCCGUCUAAUUCAUACUAUGUUUAUGAUUUUCACGUUUUUAAAAUAUCUCGUAAAAAUGCAAAUUAGAAAUACAUUCAUAUCUGUUUCCUCAUAAAUACUUAAUAUUUAAUGUCGAUACGCUCCGUCUAUUCAUAUUAUGUCUAUAAGUGAAACAUCAGAUAAUGUUUUGUUUUAUAUAAUGGCUGAGCUUAUUGUUACAACAUAAAAUCGUAAUAAAAGUAAGAGAGAAUUGACAAGACGAUUUACUUAUAAAGAUACUUUUAGAAAAAUUAGUUUUAUUAUGGCUUUUGGAUUAACUCAGUGGUUAAUUUCGUUUGUGAUAUUUUUGGUUGUUUUGACAAUUAUAUCCUGGUCUGCUAUACAUCUUGGAACAAAAGAUAAAAACGCCACAGAUAUUGUCUCAAGAUUUCUUGACAUGGACGAUUAUCCAAUUAAAAGAAAAAACUUAACAACGCGAGCAACAGAAAGUACCGACAGCACGAUGUUAUAUGCGAACAAUCAAGGCUUUGAAAUAACAGACAGUGCAGAAUUUUAUAAGAUAUUAAAGGCUUUUCGUUCAACUAAGAAUAGUAUAGUUAAUAAUACAAAAGAUGAUACUACAACAGCGAUAUUUACACUUUCUAUCAUUAAUAAUUCAACGUCGAGCAAAGAUACUACAAUAUAUAAUUCAUCUGAUACGCCUUUUACAUUAAAUAAUUACCAAAACAUCAGCAGAGAAAUUAUAAGCAUGUAAGUAAAAAUU